AUAGAUAUUCCAGGGCAGCUAAGAGCGAGCUCCAGCGCUCUGCUUCCACGGGGGGAGAGACAGGCUGCUGCUGAAAGUACAAGCUGGCAGGAUCAUGACAGAGCCAAGCAGCAGAAAGGAAGGAUUUAAAAAAUGCCGGAGUGCUACUUUCAGCAUCGAUGGCUAUAGCUUUACAAUUGUUGCAAACGAGACAGGUGACAAAAAUGCGCGACCACUUUCACGAUUUGCCCGGUCUAAAUCACAAAACUGCUUGUGGAACACCAUUAUUGGUGGGCUGACUGGCAACCUCAAGGAAAGGUCAAAGCCGACCAUCAUCAGUGACCCUAGACCUCCUGAAGAAAUCUUAGCAGAUGAACUACCACCAGUGGACAGUCCUGAGGCACUGGUGAAAACAUCUUUCAGAUUGCGGUCUUUGGUAAAGCAGUUAGAGAGAGGAGAAGCUUCAGUUGUAGACCUAAAGAAGAAUUUGGAAUAUGCCGCGACCGUUCUUGAGUCAGUAUAUAUUGACGAAACUAGGCGUUUACUGGACACAGAAGAUGAGCUCAGUGACAUCCAGUCUGACUCUGUGCCCUCAGAGGUUCGGGACUGGUUGGCUUCUACCUUCACACGGCAAAUGGGGAUGAUGCUUAAAAGGACAGAGGAAAAACCCCGGUUUAGGAGUAUUGUCCAUGCAGUACAAGCUGGAAUAUUUGUGGAAAGAAUGUACAGACGGACUUCAAAUAUGGUCGGUUUGAGCUACCCACCAGCUGUAAUUGGAGUGCUAAAGCAUGUAGACAAGUGGUCCUUUGAUGUAUUUGCACUAAAUGAUGCCAGCGGGGAUCAUGCACUGAAAUUCAUUUUCUAUGAACUUCUCACCCGCUAUGAUCUGAUCAACCGUUUCAAGAUCCCCAUUUCUGCCCUGGUGUCCUUUGUGGAAGCUCUGGAGGUUGGAUACAGCAAACACAAAAAUCCUUAUCACAACCUAAUGCACGCCGCAGAUGUGACACAGACAGUCCAUUACCUCCUUUUCAAGACGGGCGUAGUGCACUGGUUGACAGAGCUGGAGAUCUUUGCUAUGAUAUUCGCAGCUGCCAUCCAUGACUAUGAACACACUGGAACCACCAACAACUUUCACAUCCAAACACGGUCAGACUCAGCCAUUCUAUAUAAUGACCGGUCUGUGCUUGAAAAUCACCACGUUAGUGCUGCGUAUCGCCUUUUGCAAGAUGAUGAAGAGAUGAAUAUUUUAUCUAAUCUUUCAAAGGACGACUGGAGGGAAUUCAGAGCUCUAGUGAUUGAGAUGGUGUUGGCCACCGAUAUGUCGUGUCACUUCCAGCAAAUCAAAGCCAUGAAGAAUGCUUUGCAGCAGCCAGAAGGAAUUGACAAGCCGAAAGCCUUAUCACUGUUGUUGCAUACAGCAGAUAUCAGUCAUCCAGCCAAGGCCUGGGAUCUCCAUCAUCGCUGGACCAUGUCUUUGCUAGAGGAGUUCUUCAGACAGGGCGACAAAGAAGCAGAACUAGGGCUUCCCUUCUCUCCACUGUGUGAUCGCAAGUCUACUAUGGUUGCUCAGUCUCAGAUAGGUUUCAUUGAUUUCAUCGUGGAACCCACUUUUACUGUGCUGACUGAUAUGACCGAGAAGAUUGUGACUCCGCUCAUCGAUGAAGCUUCCCGCUCUGGCAUGUCUGGGUUCAGGCGUUCCAGUCUGAAUAGCAUUAGUCCCUCCGAAGUUAAAAGAUCAAGUGUCAAGAGCACUGGGUCCGAAGGAAGUGCCUCACUCAACUGCUCCAUACUCACUGUGGACUUCAAAUGUUUUAAAGCCACCUGGACGGAGGUGGUGCAGCAGAACCGGGAGAAGUGGAAAGCACAAGCCACCAAAGAAGAAAAAGCUAAGAAAGAAGCAGAGGAAAAUACUCAUCAGGGAACAGAUGAAAAGGAUGAGAAGAAGCCAGCUGAAGAUGCCACAGAAGCAAAGACAGAGAACAGCAAAGAGCCAAAUACUGGGGAAAAGAAAAGUUCAGAUUCCAAUAAGAAUCAUGUAAAUGGGACUCGGCAAACUGGGGUGAACAAACACGAAGCCUCUCAAGGGAAGAAUGCACCUAGGACAGAUAAGGAAACAGACUCUCAUCAUGCAGUGGGAGAAGAGAAACAGCAUGUCCAGUAUGUUGAAUUAAAGGAAGACAAUAAGUUGGACAAAAAAGAUCAGUCCGGUGUGGGGGAUGAAUCAAAGAAAACAGAUGAUACAGAAGAAUAAAAAUAUAUAAAAAAAGAGACUGCAAAUUUAUUUCAUCAUUUUAGCUGAGCUUCUUCAUUCCUGUUCUCCUCCUCCUUCUGCAAAGACCAGUUUCUGGGGAAGGCGUUAAACAACUUUCAAAACACUCCUCCUCCCACUGGCUACUUCACAGUUAAUGACUCUGGGUUCUAGGGUGGGGGCCUUGUUUUUUUGGGUCAGUUUUAUUUUUGUUUGUUUGUUUUUUUUGUUUGUGUAUGUGUGCAUUUUUUGUUGUUUUGGGAAGAUUUUGUUAAAAAACAAAAGAGGUGAUUUCCUGAUGCAAAUGGUUCUGUUUUUCUGGACAGGUCAAGUAAAUAGAUGAGAGUCAUCUUCAAAAGCUGGUAUGGCCCUUUCCUAUGCCUCAGCUUGUGAAACCAACAUUAGGGUGAUGCGAAAGAAAAAAAAAAAUUUAUAAUACUCCACUUUUUUUACUCUAUUUUUUCCCCUGAGAGCCUUUUCCAAUUGCUGGUAGACAGAAUCUGACAUCAGUUUUACCCUCACUGUAGAAGAUUUUAUUAAUAAGAAUGGUGAAUUUGUAGAAUCGUUUGACCAUUUGUUAGGAUAUGAUGUCUUUACCAGAUGAUGCAAUGAUAGCAAAACCUUUUUGUUUUUCAAACAGCAGGCAGACUCACUCAACCCUUGUUUUUGUUCUGGUUUUGCAGUUAGUAGUAGGAAAGGAAUAAUCGAUGAAAGAGGUAUUCCCACAGGGCUGAUUUUAUUGUCAGAUUCUGAGAGCAUGUAGUAAUGUACUGCUUGAUUUGCCUGCCUUAACUUGAGAUUACAGAUAAUGAGCUGUUUCCCACAUUUGUUCAUGGGCUACUAGUAACCACUAUGUCGGACCUAAGAGAAGAAGGGCAGCAGGGAAUCACACGAAUCAAUUACUGCUUUCAUCUCAGUGUGGUCUUUCUUCCAUCACUGACUGAAUGGACAGGCCAAAGAAAAGGAAAAGUGUGGCUGGAGAUGUAUGGAGAGACAAAACCAAAAUGAAAAAUUGUGUCCUAAAUGCACCGCUGGAGUCAGUGGAUAAAAUUGUCUCAUCCAGUGGAGUUUCACACAUAGGAAGUAGCCAUCAUUUUGGCCCCUUUUAAAAAUAAAAUAUUAAAAACUAACUCACUGAGGCCUUGAUUCAGGAAAGUAUCUUUAUAUGAGAAAUGUCAUACAUGUAUGUAAGUGCUUUUCUGGCUUGGGGUCUUGGCAGAGAUCCACUUAAUUGUAAGUCAUGUUACCUGUCUAUGUGGAAAUCAAGGCACAUACAUACACAUACAACUGGGUUAUUUUGCCUAAGUCUUUUUUGUUGAGGGUAAGGUCUUGUUGUGUUAGUUGUAUAUGUGUUCUACAAGGAAUCAGACUGCUCUCAUGUAGAGAACAUGCAAGACAUUGGCUUAGGGAAGGUAAAUCUUCCGUGUUUCCUUUUCGCAUUCAAAAGCACAGGACUUUAUCACCAGCCUAUAUUAGAGCUUGAGUCUCUGUUCCUACUUAAACUGUGCAUGUACAGGGACAAGCUUCCCGUGACACUAGGAGAAAUCACAGCAGUGAGCUUAGCCUAAAUCCACAUUUAAAUGUGAAUACCUUCUCACUCAGGAGUAUUUGUAUUUGGGAUUUUGAUUAUUGAGGCUAGAGAUAUUUUGAGGUCUUUUUUUGGACACCAGCGUUUGAGUUUGUUCAAAGCUAGAGAUUUAGAUUAGGUUCAUACUGUGAAAAGGUUGCACUUCAAUCACAUGUUUUCAGAAGGAAGAAGUACAAAAAUAACUCUUGUGGUUCUUAGAACUCAUAGUUGGCUUCACUGGAGCAACUAAUUUAAAUAAAAUAAAUGUAAGGGCACAUAGUGUUCCCAUUGUGAGCUCCUGGUUCAAUGGUAGCUCUGGGGUAGAUUUUCUGAGGAAAGCGGGGUGCUGGGAGGACAGUGGCCCCGCAGCCAGCAUUGAGCACGCUCCAUGUUGUGUGACAAGCUGUGUCACCACGUAGCACUUUCCCACCUCCCCUUUUCCCCUCCUCCAUCAGCAUUCAACCCCGAUAAGAGUGGUAGAAUAUGACUUCCAGCUCUGACCAUGCUCUUUGAAGGCACAUUGAUGAAAUAUGCAGAGCUGAAUACCACAGUGGUGAUUCAGUCCCUGCUUCAUCUGGCUUCUCCCUGAAGUCAGGGAGAACAUACCCUCACUGAGUGGCUGGUCAGAGGUACAGGAUGAGUUAGUCAAUAUUUUUUAAGUUACUCUUACCUAAUGUACAGUGACUAAAGAUGCCUUAGAUUAUGCACAGUAGAAUAAUAAUAAUUUUAAAAACCUGAAUCUUCAUCUGUUUCUGAUAAUAUACUUUCUUUUCUUUCUGGGAGUGACUGCUUUUAGAGAGCAAAGCCAGACUGCUUGAUUCAUGGCUGGUCAGUUCUUGUUUCUCAUGCACUGGCACAAAGGUGUGAAAUCAGACUGGAAAAUAUUCUUCCUCAGUGUUAGGGUUGUUCCCCACUGGCAGAAGCUGAUAACUAAGUGGUGGAUUUGCCAUCUCUUGGGGACUACAGAUCAGAGCUGCCAUUCUAGAAGAGAUGCUAUGGUCAGAGUUACUGAUCUCAGCACACAGGUAUGCAGCAAAAUGUUUUGCAAUAUGCAGGCAGUCAGAGCUAGCUCUUAACAUUCUCCUGCUCUUUUAAAAUCAUUUGGAUAAACUACAGAGGAUUAGUAGCGUUUUUAAGAAUUUUUUGUCAUGCGAAGAAAUGCCCAUGAAAUCUAUUAACUUGGAAAUAUAUAAAGUGAAAGGAAAAUCUAGAAAUUGAAAACCUACAAAGAGACUAGGCCAGAUGAAAGCAUCUAUCGUGGGGUCCCCUCCCAGGAUCACACCUACAUUCCUCUAUUCUGCCUCCCCACCUCCUGAGAACACUCUGCAGCAUUGUGCUAGUGCAUUGUGAGCCAAGGAAUGGUAUGUUUAGACACCUCCCAGUUAAACUAGAGAUCAGCCACUGUGCAAUUGUGUAAAAAAAUAAUAAAUAUUUUAAAAAAUAUACAAAACUGCUUUCUCUUAUUUUAUUCCACAAAAUGAAACUACCAAAAAAAAAAAAAAAAAAAAAAAAAAAAAAAAGACGGAAAAGGAGAAGAUGUUCAUCAGCUAAUGGCCUGUGUUUACAGAGUGAGAAAGAAUUUCUGGUUUUACAUCCUUACCUAAAUUUCCCCAGAUGUAUUGAAAUUAUCUUUUCAGAUGCCUUCCUUUUCCAUCUGCAGUAAGACUAUUCAAGCAAUGAAUAAGUCAGAAAUUCUGAAAAUUUAAGGCCCGUGCCAUUGGCCUCAUGCUGAAAUUCUACAGAAUUAUUUGUGAGGACCCACCAGUAGGCACAGGCUGGGAAGCUGUGUGAUAAAAGACGGCGCUCUUCUGCCUCUGCGCAGGGACUGCUGGUGCUCCCAGAAAUCUCUGCCUUGCUGGAAGAGCACCAGGCAUCUUCUGCUUCCCAGAAACUCUUGUGUAACUUGAGAGGGAGAAUCCAGGCACAUUACCCCCUUAAAAUAGGAAGGAAUACCUUUGCAAGUAUCCCUGUCAGUGCUUUUGCCUUUAGUUGGGACUGGUGUUCAGGGAAUUAGCAGACCUUUGACUCAUGGUGAUGUAGUGCUUGAACUCUUGGACACACUAUAAUUAAAAAUAAAAAAAGAAAGAAAAGGAAGCAGUAUGUUUUUAUAGAAUCAUAGUAUCAUAGAAUCGGAAUAGUUUGGAUUGGAAGGGACCUUUAAAGGUUAUCUGGUUCAACCCCCAUUUUCAACUGACAUCUUCAACUAGAUCAGGUUGCUCAGAGCCUGGCCUUGAGUAUUUCCAGGGAGGGGGCAUCUACCACCUCUCUGGGCAACCUGUUCCAGUGUUUCACCACCCUCAUUGUAUCCUGUUAAUUAUUGAAAUGGCCCAAAGGGUGACAGUACUCUGGGCUGCCCUCAAUCAGUGUUUUGAACCUUGCAUUUCUGUGACAACAUGCAAGAAGAGUUCACACAUGUAAAAGAAGGGAUUUGUAUAUUUUUUUAAUUAAUUGUUUUUAAUGCAAAAACAUGUGAGGUACGCUCUCAAAAUGCUUAAGUCAAUCAGCUUUCCUUACAAACACAUGAUUUUUUUUCAAAAGUUAUAUGGUCAGAAGUCUAUGUUUAGUUGUAAAGAGAUGAUGGAUGUCACUACUGUUUUCCAUGUUGGACAAAAAAGAUAGAUGCCAGAAGGCAACAUUUUUUUUUUUUUUCCAGAUGAUAAAAUAUGUGGUAGAUUAAAAAAAGAAAUUUUGCAAUUUUAAACUUAAAACAUAUUUCAGAGUAGUAAAUCCAGGCAGACUGAUGUUUAUGUAAAAGUGCAGCCUUUUGUAUAGCUCCAUCUGGUGUAAACACACUAUGUAUUAAUACAUUAGGACAUUUAGCCAUCAGAGUUAAUUUGGAAUUUGGAAGCCUGGUCCCUGAUGGGCGAAUGAAAGAGACAAAUUCAUUUUUCUUGAUGUUUCUUUUUUCGAGCAUAAAUUUUGUAGUUGGAGAGAAACUUUCCAAAAUGUAGUUGGUUAUGCCAGAGAAAAAUGGUAUAUGGUGGUGUUUUUUGCAAACUACCCUUUAAAUAUGCCAAUGUUUGUAUAUGUACUUACAGAGUCUUAUAAACUCAGUCUGGAAGCAAAAAUAUUUCAAACUAGAUAGCUGAUAGUGCUGUGCUGCUUUGUAAUCAGAAAGUCCGUGAGCUCACUUAGCUAAAGGCAAAUACUUCUGCUGUUAGUCCUUGCAAAUUCUAUGGUGGGUCCCAAUCAUGACUUUUAAUUAAAAAGUACAAUAACCUAUUCAAAUUAGAAAUUAUGGAAUCUGACAAGGACAGUACUUUUUUUUGCUUCAAGUAGAUAAACUAGUCCAUCUCCAGGAACUCAUGAGAUGGUCCUAAGUAUUUCUUAUUGGCUUCUUUUUCAUCACAUUUCGUUUUAUAAUAAUAAAACUCAUCAUCCUGUGCUAGCCACGUUAGCUAUUUGUACUCAGCAGAUGACAGCAUAAUCAAGUCCCUCUCUGUUACUCUUAAUCCAUCACCUCACCCAAUAACUGCAAACAACAGAGCGAUCCUGUGCUUUUGCACAUGCUGAUGUCAGAGCUGUGCUGGUGUAGUGUCUGAACAUCAGCACUCAAAAGCAGGAACAUCUUGGCUGAGGAUGGGAAGGAGCCCUGCAGCACCGACUCCAUGGAAAUUGUUCUGGGGAGUGGGCAACAGUGCUGGCCAGCUAGAAAGGAGGGAAAAAAACAUGCUUUCACAUUUUAAGGCAUAAAUUCAGCUCCAUCCAAAGUGGGUACAGAGGUUUUUCCCGCUUGUGUUACCUACAACAUGAGCAGGUCUGCUCCAGUCUCCGUUUAGUGUCAGGUGUGCGUCCUAACCUAGUGCUCCCCCUGCUUCCACAGGCAGACAGUUUUGCAACCCCAGACAAACAUUUCUUGUCCAAUUACUGUGAUCAAAGCAGGAGCAGGGCAGGUCACUACUGCCCGUGCCAUUAUCUUCUGUUAAAAUGAAAUGCUGGGCAUGCAUUUCCACUUGCUGAGACUGCCCUCUCAUUGCCGCAAUGUCCCUUUUGAUCCCCAGCAAACACCAAGGGUUCUGAUCUGUACCCAAGCAGGACUGGGACUUUGAGGCAUCAGAUCUCUCUGCUCUGGUGACUUAACUACCGGGUAGAAGAAAAUGAAGCUACUUCCAGACAAGCUGGCUGAGGACCUGAAGCUCAGUUUUAGUGAAUUUAUUUACCCUCAUACCUAAGCACGUGACAGCACUCACUCACAAGACUCGCAGCACACCCUAGGCAUUUUGUAUUCUUUCAGUUUCUUCCAAGUGCAUAUGUAUUGACUGCUGUGUGCUCGUAACACCCUGGUUUUAGAAGCUACCCAGUGGUAGGAGGAAUAUACAUAAUCCCAUUGUCUCUGCUGGUGGUCGUAGGAGUACAUUCAUAAACAAAAUUACUCAUGGCCAUUGGGGUUUUCUAGUGAUAAAACCUAGCAGUAGAAUGACAGAGGGAGCAUUUUCCUUUUCUUCUUGCUUGGAUGAUAUUUUUAUACACUUUUAUAUGCAAUUUUUUUAAAUAUUUGCUAUUUUUAUUGUAGGGUUCUGGUUGGGUUUUUACCAGACCUUCUGGUUGUCUACAGGCCCAGAUUCUCACAGGAGUAUUUCCCUUCCCUUUUCUCCUCCCCCUUCUUCCCCAAUAGACAAAAGCCAUUGCGUUUGCAACAUCAGCUUAGAGUGAAAUACCACCUAGGGCCUGAUCACUCUUUCAGUUGCACUGAAAUCAAAGGAAGUUGCAUGCAAAGUCCUGCUGGUCCCACCGAGUGUCUGGGGCCAAAGACUAAAUAACCGGAACAUAUACAGCUAAUUACGAACAGGGCUGUCUGUGCCAAGCAAAGGCUUGGGGUAGCUCUGUGUUCCUUUGCUGUGGUAGGAGCUGUUGCCGCCACAACGUAUUUAAAUAAGACUAUAUCUCUCUCUUUGUUAUGAUGACGCAUGUAGGCACUUCAAUCAAAGUCAUACCCCAGCUGCACCUACCUUCAGCAGGGAGGAAGGGUCGACAUUGUGGCUUGUCUGUGACAGUAGAUUUCACUGCUCUUGUGGUUAACCCUAUAGUGACAGGCCCCAAAUAAAGUUAAGAAACAUUAAGCUUAUUGGUAGGAAGGAUAAGGGGAAAUUAAACAAAUUCAAGGAUCUUGGUCUUGUAAAAUAACCUUUUCUCAGCUAGCAUUCUGCAGGGAAUUCUAUGUAUGAAGUUUAACAUAAACUUUAGAGUAUAUUUAUAUUAGCAGAACUGAUAAUAGAGAUGUCUUUCUUGAACUGAACUAAAAUAAACAAGACACCUGUUCUCUCACGUUUUUUGAGGAAGAUAGAGGCAGGUUAUGGUAUUUUGCAGCAGGGAUAGAAAACAUUAAAAAACAUGCUGAAAGCAAAAGUCAACAUGUUUGCUCUUGAGACAGGGUGGGUAGGGUAAUAAAAAACAUCUUAUUUGGUUUGUUAAGACUCAUAA